CUUCGUAUAUCAAUUUUAUUUUAACAAAAUUGUAUGUCGUAUGAUGCACGUCUCUAACAUUAAUUUUAAAAUGCUAAAUAGUUGUGAUUUGUGAAUUUUCAAUUAUAUUCAAAUGAUAUAAGAUAUAUCAAAUACAUAACUAAAAUAACAAGUAAAUCCCUACAAAACUAUAUGUUACUAGUGUUUUUACGGUGUAAUUCAUUUUAAUUAUUACUGAUAGUCAAAUAUGUGCCGUCUGCGUUCAUGAUGAAGCCGUUCGGUAGCGGGCCCACCGUCAAUGGAUAUGUUAUGAUGUACAUGUCUAGAUGGAAGCGAUUCGCGGUUGUGCUGCUGCUGAUAUGGAUCGCUGUUACGUAUCUCGUUAUAUCACCACUGAGAUGCGAAGGAGGUACAGAAGAUGUUUCGGAGUUCCAAAAUAGAUUAAGGACGGUGUCGAUGCAAUUAGAAUCUCUUAAAAUACAGCACAAUAAACUUAUUUCUCAGGUUAAGAAAUCCGUAGGUCUGAAUUCCAAUCUCAAAGAUAUAGACAUGGGUUCGCUGUUCGACUCCGUGGGUGGACCUUCAGAGGAGUAUGAGAAUCUCAGGAGAAGGGUGUUUUCAAAUACGAAGGAGAUUUGGUAUUUUAUCAACCAUGAGCUGACUAAACUUAAGAAAGGUGAUAUUAAACUAGAGAAGUUGACUGACAUUUUGGAGCAAGUUGAACAUAGAAAAAGCUUUAUACUGUCAGACCAACAGAAGCUUCAAGAGUUAGAUGGAUACCAGGACUGGAGGCAACAGGAAGCCGCGAAUGUCAGUGACCUGGUGCAGAAAAGGCUCAAGUACCUUCAAAAUCCGAGUAAUUGUAGGGACGCUAGAAAAGUUAUAUGCAACUUGAAUAAGGGUUGUGGCUUCGGAUGCCAGCUUCAUCACAUAGUGUACUGUCUGAUUUUCGCGUACGCCACUGAGAGGACGUUGAUACUCAACUCCAAGGGAUGGCGAUACAAUACUAAGGGCUGGGAAUAUGUCUUCUAUCCUAUUUCGGAAAGCUGUCUCACUGCGUAUGAUGAUAAAGUCAUUCAAUGGCCAGCCAACUACGAUCCAAAGGUGGUGUCUCUGCCCUUCAUAGACUCCAUCUCACAGAAGCCCAAAUUUCUCCCGCUUGCGAUACCCACAGAUCUGGCACACCGAAUAGUACGCUUCAAUGGUGACCCAUCUUCGUGGUGGAUCGGUCAAAUGCUCAAGUACGUGCUCAAGCCGAAGCCCGCGAUGCAAAAGGCGAUCAAUGAGACGAUAGCUAAGAUGCACUUUAUGCGGCCUAUUGUUGGCGUUCACAUACGUCGUACGGACAAAGUGGGUACGGAGGCGGCCUUUCACAGUAUAGACGAAUAUAUGGUUCACGUUAAGCAAUAUUAUGACCAGUUGGAAUUAACUCAACACGUCGACGUCAGGAGAGUGUAUUUGGCCAGUGAUGAUGCUAAUGUAUUAGGAGACGCUCGCUCAAAGUAUCCGAACUACGAGUUCUUGGGUGACCCGUCUAUAGCCAAAACGGCCGCUACGCAUCGUAGAUAUACGCCGGUAUCACUCACCGGACUAUUGGUGGAUUUGCAUAUGCUGGCCAUGAGUGAUUAUAUUGUUUGCACGUUUAGUAGUCAGGUCGGUCGUGUAGCGUAUGAAAUGAUGCAAACGAACCGAGUGGACGCAUCUGAUAGUUUUUACUCUUUGGAUGAUAUUUAUUACUUUGGGGGUCAAAAUGCUCACAAUCGUCGGGCUAUUAUGAACCAUACCCCGCGGUCCAAUCAGGAGAUCGCAUUCCAGGCGGGAGAUCUGAUAGGAGUGGCUGGGAACCAUUGGAAUGGUUUCGGUCGAGGGACCAAUAAAAGAACUAAUAUGAAUGGCCUAAUCCCGUGGUACAAAACGGCUGAUCAUUUAGUGCUUUAUCCUUUCCCCGAGUACAAACACGCAAACGAACGUCAGAAUGAGUUAUAGGUGUUUUAUAAGUUCAGUCAGCAAGUAAAAUGAUUAAUUUAUUACAUUAUUUAUAUAAUUUAGUGAUUUUUUUGUGAAAUCAGAAAAAGAAAAUCUACAUUUAAAUAUAAUUAAAUCCAAAAUGGCGGCGUUAAUUGCUUGAACAAGUUUGGUAAAAUAUGGCCUAGUUUUCUAUUUUAAUAUUAACAUGGUUUUUUAUAAUUUUUGUUGCUGACUGUACAUAGCCGAUUAAACCCAUGUUGUUAAUAUUAUUAAUGAAUUUAUUCGAAUAAGUCUAAUAAUUUGUAAAACAAUACGGUGUUAUCGGGGUUCCUAUAUUUAAACUACGGAUCUCAAUUAUAAGCGUUUGUAACAAACUUAUUUGCUGUCUCUAUACGGGACAGUUCAGGGAAGC